AUGCAACUGCAACGUUCCAUUGAGGAGCAAGAGUAUUAUACGGAUAUUCUACUUGGAAUUAAGCAAGUUAUACAAUGUCAUCUUAAGGAUCUUCAAAACAGAUUUCAAGAUAAAUUUGUGAAUUUGGAGAUGGAAGUUCGAAGACGAGACGAUAUCAUAAAUCAACUCCAAGGAAGAUUAAGAGAGUUAGAUCCAGGCGAUAGAAUGACACCAAUCAAUGAAAGGGACUAUUCGGGAAGUGCUGAUUCAUCUAAUGAGCUACCUUUUAUGCGUGGUGAUUCAUUAGACACAAUUUUCGCCUCAUCACCCCCAUCCGAAUAUGAGUCACAAAAGCGGCAAAAAACGAAGAAGAAAUUCUCAUCACGUCAAGAUAGUAGUAGGUCAUGGGAUGAAAGCAGUGAUCCGGAGAGCUUUGAAAUUGAUAAACCUACACAAAGGAUUCCAUCACCACGUAACAAUAACAAUAUUGUUGUAUCAAACCUCACUGGAAAUAUUGUGACAGAGAGUGUUGUGUUGAACAUUGAAGACGAAACGGAAGAAGAGUCAGUGACAUCAAACGGGUCACAAUCUGAAGAUGAAGAAAUGGAAGAGGGAACAAUUGAAGAACUUCAUCACAAUGACUGGGAAGUAAGAAUGCUUGCUGCUGAGUUGAAGAAGCGUGAAAGCAUGACAGAAAUUUCAACCGAAACGGGUGAAGGUGAUGGCCUUCUUAGAAGGCGAAAGAGGCCAAGCGACACUGACACAGAUGCCAGUGAAAACGAAACAGGUGCGCAACACUCGCGUCCACGUGCUGCAAGUUUCGAUCAACAUAAUUUAAGAAAACAACAAUAUAAAUGUCGAGGCGUCUUCAAAGCAAUGAGUUUUGAUCGCGACAAAGAUCAACUUUGA